UGCUUUUUAUUCUCUAUAAAUUUAUAGCUUAGGCUGUUAAGUGCAAUCAUGGGAAGAAGCUACUACGUAGAAGAAAGCGUUGGACAGUAUCUGUCAGAACUCACCACCAAAUCUAAACCUCUUAUUACUGGCCUCUUGGUUGGGCAGUGCUCCCCACAAAGGGACUAUGUUAUCCUAGCCAUUCAGACUCCUCCAAAAGAAGAAGAAAGCAAAAGCAAUGCUGGCUACAGUUCAGGGGUGCCUAACAUUGAUGAGGAAUGGGCAGUCGCACAUGCUAACCAGGUGUCAAGAAUGCUUCCUGGAGGACUGUUGGUUCUUGGCGUCUUCACCGUUGCAACUCCAGAGCUGUCAAAAGAAAUCCAAAAUAUUCUGCGCAAGCUUGUCUUCUCAGUGGAAAAAUCUUUAGCUAGAAAACGGCUGUGGAGCAUCUCGGAGGAAGAUGUGUCUGACCGGGUGGCUCUUCAUCUUUGUUCUGCUACAAAGAAGUAUCUUUGUCGCACAUAUGACAUACAAGAUCCAAAAAGUACAGCAAAGCCAGCAGACUGGAAAUACCAGAAUGGCUUGUCCACUUCGUGGCUGACUUUAGAAUGCACAAUUAAUGCUAACAUACACAUCCCGCUAUUGGCUACUUCGGCUUGCCAUGAACUGGAGAAAAACAUACGGAAUGGAUUAACUCGUUGGGCCAGGCAGGUAGAGGAAGCUGUCGUUUUGCUCAAUGGCCAAGUCAAGGAGGAAGAUGCUGACUUAGUCGACAGUCAGAAGAAGUCUGGAAGAGGAGUCACGCCUUCAGCUACCCAGUCCUUUAAUGCCAGGGUUCUAACAAAGUUGUCACAGAAGUCAAACUCAAGGUCCACGGCAACUGUCCAGAUCUGCAGCGGUUCCAUAAAUCUCAAAGGUGCUUUAAAAUGUAAAGCUUACAUCCAUAAUAACAAGCCAAAAGUUAAAGAUGCUGUUAAGGCCCUGAAAAGAGACAUAAUAAACACGCUCUCUGAUCGGUGUGAAAUCUUGUUUGAAGAUCUGCUUAUGAAUGAACCGCCAGGGAAGAAAAGUUUGGAAAGGGAGUAUCUUGCCUUGCCUUGUCGAGUAUUUGCCCCCAUCACAGGGUUCUGUGUGCUGGUUUGUGACUACAAAUUUGGCGACGAGACAGCCAGGGAAGUCCAAGAGCGUUUCCUUGAAAUACUGGAACAAGCCGUUAAAGCCGAGGAUUUACACACAGCAGAGGAAAUGAGCACAGUUGAAGUAAUCCCAGCAAAGGAAUUUCCAGAUGACAUUCAACACAAACAGUUGACAAAACAAACACUGUUGCUGAAACUUCACCAAAACAUAGGAGUUGUGAUAGCUGUGGCUGUUGCGAUAUCAGCUGCAGCCUUCUCCUUUAACUACUUCAGUGACUAGACUUCUGGCCGUGAGAAUCAUCCUGCAAACUCUAACCAUCAUGGACAUCUUAAGAACUGCACCUCUGGAACUGAUUGCAGUGUGUCACCUAAAAAAAAAAGAAGCUGUUUUAAAUAAUAAUGAUGAUAAUUUUGACCGUCUAGUUUCUGCAUGCAAAUUGUGUAGGUGGUAUGGUUUUAAAAGGGGGUGGGAGCAACCACAACAAAGUUACCCACUAGCAGAUAAUACCUGUAUUAUAACAUUACUUUUCCAGGAAGAAUUUGUCAAAUGGGUACUUAACUUUCCUCCUUGCUAAUUAAAAGCCCUGUGUUUGUGUGUUUUAA